AGUGAUACAAUGGAGUUCGUUUCUUGAUUUAUAAACUUCAAAUGUUAAAAUCAAUUAGUGAUAAUAUAUUAUGUUAUUUAUGUGUAUUGAUAUAACGUGAUUAGUGAUAUUAGCUAUUAUAUGUGUAUAAGUGAUUCUUUCAUUACUUUUUGUCAUAUAUAUAAUUAUUAUUGAGAAACAAUCAGGUGUUUAUUAAGACAUAUACUAUCAAGACGUGAUGUAUCAUUGGCAAAGUCAAAAUGUUAAGAUUUCUGGAGUGGAUGAUAUGGUUUUGCUCCCGAAAAUUACCGAAGAUGCUAUUACUGAAAAUCUUCAAAAAAGAUAUAUGGAUGAUUACAUAUUUACAAGUAUUGGUCCUGUAUUAGUAUCAGUUAAUCCUUUCAAACAAAUGCCAUAUUUUAGUGAAAAAGAGAUAGAAAUUUAUCAAGGAGCAGUACCAUAUGAAAAUCCACCUCAUAUUUAUGGAUUAACAGACAAUAUGUAUAGAAAUAUGUUAAUUGAUAAGGAAAAUCAAUGUGUUAUUAUUAGUGGAGAAUCUGGCGCCGGUAAAACAGUUUCAGUAAAAUAUAUUAUGUCAUAUAUUGCUAAGAUCAGUGGUGGUGGUACAAAAAUGCAAAAAGUAAAAAAUGUCAUUUUGGAAUCUAAUCCUCUUUUAGAAGCUUUUGGCAAUGCAAAGACAAUACGGAACAAUAACAGUAGCAGAUUUGGAAAAUAUGUAGAAAUGCAAUUUGGUCCUGGUGGCCAACUCAAUGGGGGAAAAAUUUCAAACUUUUUAUUAGAAAAAUCGAGAGUCACUUGUCAUAAUUUGGAUGAAAGAAAUUUUCAUGUGUUUUAUCAGCUUGCAAUAGGGGCAAAUCAACAAAUGAAAUCUGAAUUUGGAUUAACGAAUAUUAAUUAUUACCAAUAUCUCAAUUAUGGUCAAGGUCACAAAAUUUAUGACAUAAACGAUGCCAGUGCCUUCCAAGAAACAUUAAAAGGACUCGAUGUAAUGGGAAUUAGCAAUUCCGAAAUAACUGAUAUUUUCAGACUUGUUGCUGGAGUACUUCAUAUAGGAAAUAUUAAAUUUGUUGAGGAUGGAAAUUAUUCACAAGUAGCUAAUGAACAGUGUCUUGAUUUUCCAGCCUAUUUACUUGAGAUUUCAGUAAAACAAUUAGCACAAAAAUUAAUAUCACGUGAAUUUGAAUCUAAAUGGGGAAGUCAAUCUGAAAGUGUUGAUGUUACAUUAAAUGUGGAACAAGCCCUCUAUACUCGCGAUGCAUUGGCAAAAGAUAUCUAUGCUAGACUUUUUGAUUAUUUGGUUAAAAAAGUUAAUUCAGCUAUGGAAAUUAAUACAGAAGGUCUUGAAAUUGGGAUUUUGGAUAUUUAUGGAUUUGAAAUUUUUGAAAAAAAUGGUUUUGAACAAUUUUGUAUUAACUUCGUAAACGAGAAAUUACAACAAAUCUUCAUAGAACUUACUUUAAAAGCUGAACAGGAAGAAUAUAUAUCGGAACAUAUAAAAUGGACUCCAAUAGAAUAUUUUAAUAACGCAAUUGUUGUCGAACUUUUAGAAGGCAAACGUUUACCAGGACUCUUCUUAAUCCUUGACGAUGUAUGUGCAACUCUUCAUAGUGGUAGUACUGGCGCAGAUGCAAACUUACAAAAGAAACUUGCAGCUGCAGCUAAUAAACACGAGCACUUCCAAAGCACGAAUGAUGGAUUUGCUAUUUACCAUUAUGCUGGUAUAGUUUCUUAUUCGGUUGAUGGAUUUUGUGAUAAAAAUCGUGAUGUACUUUUCAUUGAUCUCGUGGAAUUAAUGCAAACAAGCAAAAAUUCUUUGAUUCACAAAUUGUAUCCGCAAGAACUUCAAACAAAUAAAACAAAAACGCUUAAAUCUAGACCUACUACUGCUGGUAGUAAGAUAAGAAAUCAAGCAAGUCGAUUGAUGAAUCAAUUAAUGAAAUCUACACCACAUUAUAUUAGAUGUAUCAAACCAAAUGAAACGAAAAGACCUCGAGAUUGGGAUUCAAUUAGAGUAAAACAUCAAGUAGAAUAUUUAGGUUUAAAAGAAAAUAUCAGAGUGCGUAGAGCUGGUUUUGCAUAUAGAAGAACAUUUGCCAAAUUUUUACAGAGAUAUAGAAUUCUAACGAAAGAAACAUGGCCGUAUUGGUCCGGUGAUGAAAAACAGGGAAUCGAAUGGAUAUUAAAUAGCCUUAAUAUUGGGAAAUCACAAUAUCAACUUGGAAAAACAAAAUUAUUCAUAAAAGUUCCUGAAAGUCUUUUCAUGUUAGAAGAAGCAAGAGAUCGGAAAUAUAACAUGUACGCUAGAAUAAUCCAAAAAGCAUUUAAGAAAUAUUUCGCACGAAAAAGACGUGAACAAGAAAAACAAGAAGCAGCUGAUUUUUUGUUUGGCCGUAAAGAACGUAAACGUGCCAGUUUGAAUAGAAAUUUUAUGGGUGAUUAUAUUGGAUUAGAUGAUAAGCCUCAAAUAUUAAAUUUAAUUGGAAAAAAGGAAAAAAUUUUAUUUGCUGAAACUGCAAGAAAGUAUGACAGAAGAUUUAAGAUGAGCAGAAAAGAACUUAUUUUAACUAAUAAAUAUUUAUAUCUUAUUGGCCGAGAACAAAUAAAAAAAGGUGCAGACAAGGGAAAUCUAGUGGAAGUUAUAAAACGAAAAUUAUCAUUUAAUCAACUUAGUCAUGUAUCAUUAAGUACUCUUCAAGAUGGUUUUCUUAUUAUCCAUGUAAAAGAGGAUUAUGAUAGUUUAUUAGAAUUAAUAUUUAAAACAGAAUUUUUAAUUCUUCUUAAUAAAAAAUACGUUCAAGAAACUGGGCAUAUUUUAAAUAUAAGAUUUAGUAACAAUUUAGAAUUUAAGAUUAAAAAAGAAGGAUGGGGAAGUGGAGGUACUAGACAAAUACAUUUCAUGCAGAGUGAUUAUGGUAACAAUGAAAUUUUAAAACCAAAUGGAAAAAUUCUAAAUGUCUGGAUUGGACCAGGACUACCAAGUACUACUAAGUUGAAUAUUAAAAAACCAAUAAGGUCAGUAAAUCAACAAUACAAUGUAUUGAAGAAUAAUUAUUCUUUUUCAUCAAUUACGUUACAAUCAGCCUCAAAUAAAUCACUUCAAUCAAUUGUUCAACCUACAAUUAUCAAACAAUUUCAAAAUUCUAACAUUGAUCAUACAUUAUCUUCAAAAUCAACUAUACCAAAAACUAUACCUGAAAAACCUAAGUUACAAUUAUCUAUAGUAUCAAACAAAACAGUUGAUUCUCUGAAUGAAUCUACGCAAACAAAAGAAAAAAAGCAAAUAACAAAGCAGCCGAGAAAAUUAGAAAAUAACUCUAUGCCUUUAAUGGGUAUGUUUACCAAUCCAAAUGGCAUUCCACAUGGUUUAUUGAAGUUUCCUCCAGUUCCUUCGGAGCCACCUCCAUCGCAUAUACCAGGUUUCAAAUAUCCGAUCGAUAAUAAUGAUCUCACAAGUAAUAAUAAAAGCAUAAAAUACAAUAAGAAUAUGCAAAUAGAUAAAGAACAAAACACAAGACAAGAAGUGAAUAAAACUGAAAAUGAUGCAUCUCAUAUUAUUUCGAAUAAUAAAAUACAUCCAUCAAAACCAGCUCUUCCUAGUUUACCUAAAGCUAAAUCUUUAUAUGAUUACAAACCACAAGAUAAGGAUGAAAUAGAACUUAAAGAAGGUGAUAUUCUAGAAAUACUUAAAGAACAUGAAGGUGGUUGGUGGUAUGGCAGAUUAAAAGGAAAAACUGGACUGUUUCCUUCAAAUUAUGUUGUUAAGAUAUAAGAUAUUAGAUAUUUUUAUAUGUGAUAUGAAUAUAAUUUAUAGUAUUAUUUACGCAAAAAAUAAUGUAAUAGCUUUAACUAAAUGAAACCAAAUGAAAUGAACUUUUUAAAAAAUAAUUCAA